CCGGGCUCCCGGGCCCCCGAGGUGGGGGUGGGAAGAGUAGUCCGGGGAAGGAGGGAGGUUUUUAGAAAGCCAGGCCGGCAGAGACCCUGUGACCCAGGCUUUCAUUUCGCCCAAGCACCCCACAGCACCAUGUGACCCAGCCUGGCCAAAGAAAGGGGAAGCGAGGAGAGCCCAGAAUUUCACAAGAAGCACAAAGCUGGUCGGAGGAGGCUGGCGGCCGAGCAGGGAGCCAGAGCCAGAGGGGGCCAAGGAGGAGGGGAGGCAGGAGGGGGGGAGGGGGCAAGGAGGAGGUGGAGGAGACAGCAAGGCUGGUGGGGGCAGGGUGAGCCCUGUGGGAGGGCCCCCUCCCCCAGAGGACACGCCAGGUGUCACAGGGGAAAGGAACGACAAUUCAGACGGGGCGACGGACUGGGAGACCCACAGGAAAGGAGGGGGAGGGGCGGAGAAGUGGGGCGAAAAGGGGUCGGCAGGGGGGCCUGAGGGGUCGAGAGGAGGGGGAAAAAGAGCCGCGGGAGGAAAGGAGGGAGAGUCAGGGGUGGGUGGAGGGGACAGGGGGAGAGUUGAGGGUCAGGGACGGGGAGGUAGAGACCGGGUAGCCGCAGAGGCGGCAAGGGGAAAACCAGGCAGGCAGAGGGGUCAGGGAGACAGAGGGGGAGAGGGGGUGAGCCACAGCGGGUGAGAAGGGAGGGCCGCCCGUUGGGGGGCCGCAGGUGGAGGAUGCCCGCGCCGCGCGCCCGGGAGGAGCGCCGGCCGCUGCUGGCGCGCAGGCCGCGGGGGCCCCGACGGUGGCGGCGGACGGCGGCGGCCGCGGUGCUGCUGGUGGAGGCGCUGGAGCGCGCCGCCUUCUUCGGCGUCUCGGCCAACCUCGUGCUCUACCUCAACAGCGCCCGCUUCCACUGGGACGGGCAGCAGGCGUCCCGCGCGGCGCUCGUCUUCCUGGGCGCGUCCUACCUGCUGGCGCCCGUGGGCGGCUGGCUGGCCGACGCCUACCUGGGCCGCCACCGCGCCAUCGCGCUCAGCCUGCUGCUCUACCUGUCCGCCUCCAGCCUGCUGCCCGCCACCGCCUUCCUCGACGGCCGUCGCUCCUUCUGCGGGGAGGUGCCCGAGUCGCCGCUGGGGCCCGCCUGCCCGUCGCCGGACUGCCCGCGCGCCUCGCCCACCCCGUACUGCGCGCCCACGCUCUACUCGGGGCUGCUGCUGCUCGCCCUGGCCGCCAGCUCCAUCCGGAGCAACCUCACCUCCUUCGGGGCCGACCAGCAGGUGAUGGAUCUUGGCCGCCAUGCCAGUCGCCGCUUCUUCAACUGGCUUUAUUGGAGUAUCAACGUGGGUGCCGUGCUGUCGCUGCUGGUGGUAGCCUUUAUCCAACAGAACGUCAACUUCCUGCUGGGCUACGGCAUCACCGUGGGCUGCGUGGGCCUGGCCUUCUUCAUCUUCCUCUUUGCCACCCCCAUCUUCGUCACCAAGCCCCCCACAGGCAGCCAAGUGUCCUCCAUGCUUAAACUUGCUCUCCAAAACUGCUGUCCCUGGCUGUGGCACCGACACUCCACCAGAGACUCUCAAGGCACCCAGACGCUGCCUGCGCAGAGGUCUCCCCAGCCUGGCCCCACCCCGCAAGAGGACAUGGCCAACUUCCAGGUUCUGGUGAAGAUCUUGCCCGUCAUGGUGACCCUGGUGCCCUACUGGAUGGUGUACUUCCAGAUGCAGUCCACGUAUGUCCUGCAAGGUCUUCACCUCCACAUCCCGAACAUUUUCCCUGAGUACCCGUCCAACAGUUCCGUGGCUCUGAGAGCCGAGGGCAGCAGCUACAAGAUCCCGGAAGCCUGGCUCCUCCUGGCCAACGUCGUGGUGGUGCUGAUCCUGGUGCCCGUGAAGGAUCAUUUGCUCGACCCUUUACUGCUGCGUUGCAAGCUGUUGCCCUCGGCCCUGCAGAAGAUGGCACUGGGGAUGUUCUUUGGUUUUGCCUCCGUGGUUGUGGCAGGAGGCCUAGAGAUGGAACGUUUACAGUACAUCCAUCGGAACGAGACGGUGCCCCAGCAGAUCGGGAAGAAUGUGUACUACGCAGCACCUCUGUCCAUCUGGUGGCAGGUCCCUCAGUACCUGCUCAUCGGGAUCAGUGAGAUUUUUGCCAGUAUCCCAGGCCUGGAGUUUGCCUACUCGGAGGCUCCUCGUUCCAUGCAGGGUGCCAUCAUGGGCAUCUUCUUCUGCCUGUCAGGAGUGGGCUCACUCUUGGGCUCCAGCCUCGUGGCACUCCUGUCACUGCCAGGGGGCUGGCUGUACUGCCCCAAGGACUUCGGGAACGUCAACAAUUGCCGAAUGGACCUCUACUUUUUCCUCCUGGCCAGCAUUCAGGCCGCCACGGCCCUCCUGUUUAUCUGGAUCGCUAGUCGCUACGAGAGGGCAGCUCAGGGCCCUGUCUCUCAAAGCUGUCCCAGCAGGGAUAGGGGCUGAGCACGCCGCCCGCCUCCCCGCCCCCCCCGACCCCUCGCUUCUCUCCCCAGGACACAGACAGCAGCAGUCCCAGGUGGGGGUUCCUUGAGUUUAUUCUGUACCCGACAUUAGGAUGAAAUGGUUCCCAUAAAUAAGGGGCAUAAGCCCUUCCUCACGA